AAUCCAAGCCUGGUGCCAAACUAUUCCACUCGAGCAAAUCUGCAGUGUGCGAAGCGGAAGUGCGGAACUGCGAAGACGAAGAGGAAGUAGCAGCGCUGCGACGAAGACAGUCACCAGUCGACCUGCAACCACAAGCCGCGCUGUCGCCCUCCGUCCUCGCGUACAGGGCCCUGCUUCGGCGUGUUCCUUCUCCGGUUGUCCGAGUCCGACCCUGCCCUGAGUGCUCUCUGCGGCUCUGCCUCCGGUUCCAGGCUUCCAUCCCACUCCAUUGUAACUUUCUGGAUCCGCCCCUGCAUUCGCCCCUGCCCUUCUCAGUUCUCACCUCCUGCCUCCUGGACUGGCUAAGUGACACAGGUAAAGGAAGAAACUUGAACUGUGGUGAUGGAGUUCUAGGAGAAGAUACAAGAUAGGUAACCAGUACGGACGGCCGUGGAAAAUUUAUACAUGAGAUAUUGGGAUUUAGAUAAGGUGAUCAUGAUGGACAGUGGCAAUACUGCAAUCCCUCUCUUUAUUGGUGCGGUGACGAUUGUUUUGAUUAGGGUUGUUUUUGUCAUUUACCGAAGCAGCAAGCCACUUCAACCCAGACCAUCACGGCCCCUGAAGACACUCAUUGUGUUGGGUUCAGGUGGUCACACGGCAGAAAUGAUGAACUUAUUGUCUGCACUUCAAGAAGACAUGUUUAAGCCAAGGUUCUAUGUUGCUGCUGCAACUGAUAAUAUGAGUCUCCAAAAGGCCCGAGGUUUUGAAGACUCUUUACUUAACAAGGAAGGGACUGAGGUGGCUGGAACAGUGCAGUUCAUGAAAAUAUAUAGAAGCCGAGAGGUUGGCCAGUCAUACAUUACAUCUGUUGGUACAACAUUAAUCGCUGUAGCGCAUGGAUUGUGGUUAUUGAUCAAAAUCAGACCUGAAGUGAUUCUCUGUAAUGGACCUGGAACAUGUAUCCCACUUUGUGUAAUUGCAUUUUUCUUUAAGGUGCUUGGAAUCAGGUGGUCAUCCGUAUUUUAUGUGGAAAGCAUCGCAAGAGUGAGAAGGUUAUCUUUGAGUGGUUUGCUACUUUACAAACUAUGUAUGGCAGAUCAAUUAUUUGUUCAAUGGCCAUACUUAAAAAGCAAAUAUCCCCGAGCUCAAUAUGUGGGCCGUCUUAUGUGAUUCUGGUUGCUAGUCGAUCUUCUUUACGUAGUACUUGCAAGUCAUUAUUACAUUAAUAUUUGGUUAUCCAUAAAAGUCGAGGGGUUUAUCCAAAAGAAUCCUAACGACAUCCCACAUUCACGGGUAAGAGAGAUUCCUAACAUGUUUUUUUUUUUUGGUAAAAAUUUUCCUAACAUGUUACUGUGCCA